AUCCAUCAACCUGAUCUAAAUGAACUAAAUGCCCUCACAACUAAUAAGAUUACCUGAAUUUCGGUCAAUAUACUACCAUAAUCGUUCCGCUAUUGCGGACGAGACGGCAAACGAGGUAGUUAAGCCUGUUAGGAAGUUAAAAAUGAACGUAAGCGCAAGACAGAUGCGCAGGCGCCGGCGCGCUAAUAAUGAACUACCCGAAGAGUCCGACAGGCGGAUCGUGAAAACUAUGAUGAGAAGGAACGCGAUCAUGAUUCUAGAAUGUUCCACCGCUUGGGCCUUUAGAUGGUUCCAUAGCUCUUUCUAUUGUUCUUAUUGCGAUGAGAAAUUUGUCGAUACUCUGCCUCUGCGAGAACAUGUAAUCAGUUCCCAUUUAAAUGAACCCCCAACAGUGAGGGUAUUUGCAAAACUGACAGAAAAUAACAUGCUCAAAAUAGACAUAACGAGUUUAAACUGUAGGCUUUGUAAUUGUGUUUGUUCCAACCUAGAUAUACUUAAGAAUCAUCUAACAAUUGCACAUAAAAAGAUAUUUAACAAGAAUUAUAGCGAUGGUGUUCUACCUUUCAAACUAGAUCAGGCAGGAUUUAACUGUCAAAUAUGUUUUGAGUUCUUCACAAGUUUCUCUAAAAUAAACGAGCAUAUGAAUUCUCAUUACCAAAAUUAUAUUUGCGACACUUGCGGUAAGGCUUUCGUCUCCAAAUCCAGGUUCAGAACCCACGUGCAGUCGCACGAAAUUGGCAAUUUUCCUUGCGGGGAUUGUGACGAAGUUCUUCCAACUAGAGCGGCUAGAAUGUGUCAUAGAUUAAAAGUCCACAAGAGCGGCGUGCGGUACGCUUGUCCGCGCUGUCCCGAAGUCUUUACUACCUACUAUGCUAGAGCAAAACAUUUGGUCGACAGCCACGCACAACAAAGGAGAAUUUAUGAAUGCACGACAUGCGGUAAAGCUUUUGAAACGAGUUGCAAACGCGCGGCCCAUUUCCGUCUCUCCCACAAAUCUGUAGAGAAGCGUUACGAAUGCUUGUACUGCCCUUGGCACUUUGUUAGUCAAUCGAAACUCCGGCGCCACUUACGAGCCCACGAUGUCGUCGGACAAGCACAAUAUUGCACAAAGAAUUGUUGAAACUAUACAACUUACAGUGUUUUUAU